UAAGGUAAACUAACAGGAAGUCACUGCUCGUUUGACCAAUCACAUGAAGAACAGUGGAGCAGGACGGAGUCCACACAGAGAGAGGAGUCACUCUUCCUCCUCUCCGGUGUCUGCCGUAUGUGUGUGUGUCUGUAGCUCCGGUAGCUCCGGCUUUAAGAUCACCUCUUUGACCAGCCUCCUCAAAGCCUGCUGCUGGACUCACAAACACCGGAGCUCUGCCAAGUUCACCGCGACGCAGACGCGGAGAGCAGCCGGUGAACGUGGUAACAUUUGUGGAGGAGGAUAUCGGUGGAGAUGUGUAGCGAGGACCUACCUGGCCAGUCUGUUGACACCUGGCACCUAGCCGCGUAGCUAGCUGCUAACAAGUGUUCUCGGGCUAAUAAGCCUGGCUGCUAGUGGGCUUAGUUUAGAGUGGAAACCCGGGGACUUCUUAGCAGUGUUUGACCCCGCCUGCUGUUGACAGCAUGAGUUAUCCAAGGAGUGGAGCAGGAGCAGGAAUAUUUUGAGGUCCAGCUAGUGUAGCUAGCUUUUAGCUUGACGCUAGCUAGCUGCAUUCAUUCAAUUACUGGAUCGUUAACACCUGUACCCCAAGUGAAAAGGGACUGACAAACCCGAACCGUACUUGUUGUUUCGACGCUGCUACGUUAAGGACUGUUUCGUGCUCGGGAUAACAUCUGGAGAAAUGAAGAAAUUUUUCGAUUCUCGCCGGGAGUUUGCGGGCUCCGGGCCUGGUUCCGGGGCCGGUGGAGGAGGCGACAGCUUCAUCGGACGCGUCUUCAGCAUUGGACGAUAUCAAGUGACCGUCGAGGAAAUUGUUGCCGAAGGAGGUUUCGCUAUAGUGUUUCUGGUGCGGACUCAUCAAGGCCAACGUUGUGCACUGAAAAGAAUGUAUGUCAACAAUGAACAUGACCUGCAGAUCUGCAAGCUCGAGAUACAGAUUAUGAGAGACCUGGUGGGUAACAAAAACAUUGUCGGCUUCCUGGACUCCAGCAUAGCUGCCGUCGGAGCUGGUGAUGUGUGGGAAGUCCUAAUCUUAAUGGACUUCUGUCGAGGUGGGCAGGUGGUAAACCUGAUGAACCAGCGGUUGCAGACGGGCUUCACUGAGGCAGAGGUCUUACAGAUCUUCUGUGAUACGUGCGAGGCGGUCGCUCGACUCCACCAGUGCAAAACUCCAAUCGUCCAUCGAGAUCUCAAGGUGGAAAAUAUUCUUCUACACGACCGGGGACACUACGUCCUCUGUGACUUCGGCAGCGCCACCAACAGAUUCCAAAACCCUCAGACGGAGGGGGUGGCCCUGGUAGAGGAAGAAAUCAAAAAAUACACUACUCUGUCAUACCGCGCUCCAGAGAUGGUCAACCUCUAUGGAGGCAAAGUCAUCACAACAAAGGCAGACAUUUGGGCGAUGGGUUGUCUGCUCUAUAAGCUGUGUUUCUUCACGCUUCCUUUCGGUGAAAGCCAGGUGGCUAUAUGUGACGGUACUUUUACGAUCCCCGACAACUCCCGCUACUCCCAAGAAAUGCACUGUCUCAUUAGAUACAUGUUGGAACCUGACCCCGACAAGAGGCCAGACAUCUACCAAGUUUCCUACUUCGCCUUUAAACUGGCUCGACGAGAGUGUUCAGUCCCAAAUGUACAUAAUUCACCCAUUCCUGCAAAACUUCCCGAGCCAAUCAGAGCCAGCGAAGCAGUAGCCAAAAAGAGUCAGACCAAAGCCAGGCUCACAGACCCCGUUCCUACCAUGGAAACCUCAAUUGCACCUCGACAACGGCCCAAAGCUGGCCAGGCUCAGCCCCAGCCCAUAUCGGGCAUCCUCCCCAUCCAGCCAGCUCUCACCCCUCGUAAGAGGCCUAAUGUGGCACCUGGAACUCCUCAGGCCAUAGGUACUGGUAUCAAUGUUCCAGCUGCAGCCGCUGUCCAACCUGCUCAACAGGCUCCUGCUGCACAAGCUGCACCGCAGCCCGCACACAUGGCCAACAUGCAACCACAGGCUACACCUCAACAUCAGCAGCUCCUCAUGAAGCAGCAACAGGCCGCGGCCUUCUUGAGCCCACAGAGUAACCAGCAGCAUCAACUGGUACAGAAACACCACCACCAACCACAGCAGCAGCAGCAAACACCUUUUCAAGCAGCUACUCUGGUGCAGUCCAAACCUAAACCUGUUCCUCUGCAGCAGCAGCAACAUGUAGCCUAUGAAACAGCAGCGCCACAUCUCACACCCAUCCCUGAGUCUGCAGCCAUUGGUCCUGCAUGUGACCCAGAGACGGCUGGCAGAGGAAUCCACAAAGUCGGCUCCUUGACGCCCCCCUCGUCACCAAAGAUGGCCCCUAAGAGCGGCCACAGACGCAUCCUGAGCGAUGUCACCCACAGCGCCGUAUUUGGGGUCCCAGUUAGCAAGUCCACCCAGCUGCUUCAGGCAGCUGCAGCUGAGGCCAGCCUGAACAAGUCUAAAUCAGCCAGCACCACUCCUUCUGGCUCCCCCUGCUCGUCCCAACAGAGUGUGUAUCAUCCCGGUGAAGCUGAGGCCCCGUCGGUACCUGCCGCAUCCAGAUCUCAGCCCAGCUGGAACCCCUUUGGAGAUGAUAACUUUUCCAAGCUAACAGCUGAGGAGCUACUCAAUAAAGACUUCGCAAAGCUGGCUGAGAGUGCUGCAGCAGGAGAGAAGGCCUCGGGCUCCAGUGAAAAUCUCAUCCCAGGGCUUAAUUCUUUUCCAGCCGAAAGAUCUGCAGACGUCACGGGUGCAGGUUCAGCACUGUUGACUGUCCCGGACCCCUUUAAUACCUUCUCACUCUCUGACACAUCAGAGAAGCUGAUCGAGGGAUUGAAGUCCCCUGAAACUUCUCUGCUGCUUCCUGACCUCUUAACCCUGGCUGACCCCUUCAAUGCUUCUGCAGAGAGCUCCACCAAUGCAAAAGCAGAGGUGUGCAUGGAUUCAUUGAUUCCUGGCCUGGAAGCUCCUCAGGCCCAGCGACAUUCAGGCCAACCAGAGCUCAUCCCGGCCAGCAUGCCAGACUCUCUCACUGGGGAGGACUCUUUGCUGGGUUGCGAUCUCUUAUCUCACGCUUCUCCUGGAAACCAGUCUGUUUCUGCUCUCCCUUCCUCCUCCUGCUCCUCUGCUCCUCCUACCUCUGGCGCUGGGUCCUGUCUGGAGGAGCUGCCACCUGCUUCUGACUCUGCUUUCCUCAUGUCGUGUGGGGAGAAGGGCAAUGGCGACGAGUUUGACCCUAUUCCCGUGCUCAUCUCCAAAAACUCGAACCAAGACCUGCAAGGGGAGAGUAAUGGCUACUCUGUGCUCGAGGAGGGUCAAGAGACUGAACCCCUGGAAGGAAUUUCUCAGAAAACCGAGGACUGCGUUCACUCCAGCGACGAAGACGAGGAGAAGGAAGCCAGCAAGGACGAGCAGCUGGACGGGGAAGCCAUCGAGAGUGACGUAGCAGCCCACGACUGCAGCGGCUCCAGGCCUCUGCUGCAGGACUCCGAGGACGAAGAAGAGCAACAGUUGGCUCUCCCCUCCGCGCUGCACUCCAGCUCAGCGUCGACGCAACCUCCCGCUACCUUCCACCCGCCUGCUCCCGGCGCCUUUGCUCAGAAUCACUCCCAGCACGUCCACGAGUCAGCGGAGGGACCGGCCGCAGCUGCGGACAUCUUCUCCAAAGCGCCCUUUCGGAUUGCGCAAGAAGAAUCGUGCGACGUGUUUGCCAACGCUCCCUUCCCGCGCGCGGCCCUCCCGGCUCAGCAGCAGCUCGACGUGUUCUCUCAGGCUCCCUUCGGGAAAAGAAAGGACGCCGCGGGGGCGCAGCCGAAGACCUCGCACACGCACGCGCCUCACGCCGCGGCCUCCGACCAAGGAGCGUUGGGACAAGUUGCCCAACAGCCGUUCCGCCCUCAAGCUCUGGCCAAAUACUCCCGACACUUCGAGGGGCCCGUGCCUCAGCAGCCAGUAGCAGCUCACAGAGUGGUGUCCAGCGUGAGCAGGCAGCCCGCUGUGGCGUCGGUCCCCGUUGGGCCUCUUCACUCAUGGACCUCAGGAGUGAACGCUGUAGACCCGUUCGUCUCCGCGCCCUUUCACCACAAGGCCCCUCAAGAAAAGCCCUAACCGCGCACCGAAGAGGCCGGCGCCGUGGGAACCAGCACCGCCAAUUUAUGCAAACUGUUCUAGGGCACACUGCAUGCUGUCACCAGCGCUGCAGCUGGACUGCAGGCCUGCAUGGAUCUCAUUCUUAACUGGCUGUUCUCCGAUUGUGCAAGGCCGUCUUUACAAUGGCGCCGUCGCAUCUUUUUAGCCUGUCUUUAAUCUUUCCGACAUGCAUCUACAUGAGGACAGUGCGGUGGUCAAGCACUUGAUUGUUUUCUUGCCUACCUCAGCUAUUUUUUUGUGUGUGUCUGCGUUGAAACGCACACAUUGAUUUAGAUUUCAUAGUUCGUAGGUUGUCGGAGGUCCGCGCUUAUUGAAAAAAAACUGCGCCUCAUCCCUCUGCUGUGUAAGUUCUCAGAUACGAUGAAUUCAGCUUGAAUCUCCAAUAAAUCACAGGUCCACAGAAGCUUGAAAGAGAAAAGGAAUAUGUCUAAGGGAUUGAAACGGUUUCUUUGUUUGUUUACAUCAAACAUGAAACGUGUAAAUCAUCUUACAGUGAUGCCCAGACAUUUUUGAGCCUUUUUGUUUUGAUGCUAACAGUUUGUCAUGAAGCAAAUGCUGGAUAAUUAUUCAUACAGAUUUCAACAAUAACAUUUGUUGAUGUGAAUUUUUCUGCCUCGCUCCACAAUGUUUGUCGUGUGUGUUAUGUUUGUGGUCACUGUGUUGUCUUAUGAAAACUGAACAUCAGCGUUUGUACCAUGUAAUGUACGAGGGUUAUACACAUGUUAGGCAUAGACAAUUCAUUAUAGUAGCUCCUAUGUUAUAUAAAUGUAGAGGAUCCACUUUACUUUGUACCGUCUUUCUUUACAAGUUGACAUCUCUGAAGCCUUACACUCUUCCAGUACUUGCCACAUCAAACUGUAUUUAUCACUUUUGCCUUUUGUGCCCUCCGAAAACAAAGCUGCUGCAUUUACAAGGUUUAAUUGCACUUGCACCAAAUACUUUUACUGUAUGCAUAAAAAACAUUUCGUUCCACACUGCAGUGUAGACGUCUCUACGGAUUCCAAAUGUGACACUGACACUUAUUUAAAAAGCUGAACUGCAACUUAAAAACAAAAUCGGCAACAAUACUUUCCUGUAGUCUCACAAAUAUCUACAACACUUAAGCUUCGCAGAUCCAGUCGUGGGUUGUGAUGGAAGUACCUUGUAAGUGAGAUCUUGAAUCGUCUGAUUGAUGACAUUCCUUAUGAAUUUAGUUCCAAUGCCUUUUGGAAAUAUUUUAUGGUCUUUGUAAAAUCAUGGAAGACUUUUUGGUGACUUCUGUUGGCACUUUUCAGAAAGCGGAUCCAGUCUGGUUCGACCCAAAGUUUCAAUUAUGUAUCCCUCUGUCUCAUUGUAAAAUCUUUUCUUUUUGAAGCGUACAAUCUUCUUUUAAAAUAAAUAAAUAAAUGUUCACUUUUCUCACCCAGUUUAUAUACAUGACGAUUGCACACGGUCACUGAGACAAAGUCAGGGUUUUCUAAGAAUGUCUUUUGUCUGUAGCACGCCAGUAAAAAAUCUAUUUGGACUGAACAGAAACCUUUGGAACAGUUGAGGACACUGUUGGAUGAGAAAGCACUCAAAAUACUUGUUAUGCUGCACAGCCUGCCUUUGAAAACUAUGUUGUAAGUCAUUAAAAGAAACUAUUAAAUGAAUGUAAAUUAAA